GUGAAAAGUGGUUUUCGCUGCUUUAAGGCAGUCGAUUUUAGAGAAGGAUAAAUCAUGUUAUAACUAACUGCUGUAUAAAUUUUAAGAUUAGAUGAAUUCAUUUAUUGAUACCAUGAGAACUUUUCCCCUCUGGGGGUUCUGCGCUGUAAGGCCUUCUCUCGCUGUCGGGCUCACCAUUGACUGAAGACACAAUGCAGGCCUAGCUAGCAUUUAACUAGCGGAAGCUAAUCGGAUUGGCAGCAGACUGCAGUGGGAUUUAAACCUCGGACGAAGCCUGUGUUUCCAAGCUGUCCUAACAUCAAAUCCGCUAUGAGUUCCCAGCAGCUGCAGGUGUUCUCCCCUCCGUCAAUCUCCUCCAGUGCCUUUUGCCGCGUCAAGAAGCUCAAGGUGGAAAGCAACGUUUGGGACGUGUCCACCACUGAGGCUUACGGAUCCAUAGCGGGCCAGUCUGCAUACACAUUCACCCCAGCCAUGGCUGUGCCACCAUUUGCGCCAUCUCUGGUCUUCCCCCCUACAGCGCCCGGCUCCAGGGGUCAAGUGGUGGUGCGAGCAGCUGAUAGCACCGGCAGUCUUCCUCGUGGAUCCAGUCGACGCGUCACUGAGCAGGCUACAUCCUCCUCUUAUGCUCACGAGACGUCCUCUGAAACUAGGGGGCACAGGCAUGGGCAGAAGAGAAAGAUGGAGGCAGCCAGCGACUGUAGCGGAAGCGGAUGUGGAAGCGUCCAGAUAUUAGAAGAGCUCUCAGCUCCUGCGGCAACUUACUCCACGCGUACAGGCGGCGGUGGAGGCGGGGGCACAGGCCAGUCCAUACCUCACUCUGCUCCAACCACCAAGAGCAGCAGCUCCAAUGGUGAAGGGGAUUAUCAGCUUGUGCAGCAUGAGAUCCUCUGCUCCGUGUCCAGCGGCUAUGAAGUGCUGGAGUUCCUGGGGAGGGGCACAUUUGGACAAGUGGCUAAGUGCUGGAAGAGGGGAACCAAUGAGAUUGUAGCAAUCAAAAUUCUGAAAAACCACCCUUCAUAUGCUCGGCAGGGCCAAAUUGAGGUGGGCAUUCUGAACCGGCUAAGUGCAGAGAACGCAGAUGAGUACAACUUUGUGCGUUCGUACGAAUGCUUCCAACACAAGGGUCACACCUGCUUGGUUUUUGAGAUGCUUGAACAGAACUUGUACGACUUUCUCAAGCAGAGCAAGUUCAGCCCACUUCCCCUACGGCACAUCCGCCCCAUUUUGCAGCAGGUGGCUACAGCACUAAUGAAACUGAAGAGCCUGGGUUUAAUUCAUGCAGACUUGAAGCCUGAAAACAUCAUGUUGGUGGACCCCAUUAGACAGCCCUACAGGGUGAAGGUCAUCGACUUCGGCUCUGCAAGUCAUGUAUCCAAAGCAGUGUGCUCAACCUACUUACAGUCCCGUUACUACAGAGCUCCAGAGAUCAUUUUGGGGCUGCCCUUCUGUGAGGCCAUUGACAUGUGGUCUCUAGGGUGUGUGAUUGCGGAGCUGUUUCUGGGUUGGCCUUUGUACCCUGGAGCCUCUGAGUAUGACCAGAUCCGUUACAUUUCCCAGACUCAAGGCCUACCUGCUGAGUAUCUUCUGAGUGCCGGCACAAAGACUAGCCGCUUCUUCAAUCGAGGCCCUGACUCUAGCUACCCGCUCUGGAGGCUUAAGACCCCGUCAGAACAUGAAAUGGAGAUGGGCAUCAAAUCUAAGGAGGCUAGAAAGUACAUCUUUAACUGUCUGGAUGACAUGAUGCAGGUCAACCUUUCCUCUCACUUGGAGGGAACUGACAUGUUGGCUGAGAAAGCUGACAGGAGAGAGUUUAUAGACCUCCUGAAGCGAAUGCUUCGUCUGGAUGCUGACAAAAGGAUCACACCUACAAAAACUCUGGGUCACCCCUUUGUCACGAUGAGCCACCUCAUGGACUAUCCCCAUAGCUCCCAUGUGAAGUCGUGCUUCCAGAAUAUGGAGAUCUGCAAGCGCCGGAGCUCCUAUGAAAGCAGCAAAUCCCUCUACUCGACCAAUGCAGUCCCAAGUGCUGCAGCGGGCAACCUCACCGUGACCUUCAGUAGCCAACUAAACCAGCAUAACCAGGUGCCUUCUGCAGCGGGUGCGGUGCCUUUGCUGAACUACCAGCCAGCUUUGUACCAGCAGGCGACCAUCAACAUUCCCGGGCUGACUCAGCAGAGUGUCCCGAUCCCAACGCGUCCUGCUGGGCUGUGUAGCCAGACGGAACCCUUCCAGCAGACACUCAUCGUCUGUCCACCCUCCACUAUCCAAGGGCUGCAGUCAUCCAGUAAGAGUUCCAGUUUCCCGGUGAGGGUGGAGAACUCUGUACCGAUAGUACCUCAGAACCAGUCUACUCAGUCCUUGCAGAUACAGCCAAGUAUGCUGACACAGGGUUCCUGCACACCCCUGAUGGUGGCCACCCUGCACCCACCCCCAGCAGGCCUAGCCCCGCAGUAUUCUCUGCCCCUUGGGCUGGGCACUGGGGUGGGUCGGCCUACCCUCCUGGAACACACAGCCACAGUGCUGGCCUGGCCCACUGGUACCCAACAGAUCCUCAUACCAUCAUCAUGGCAGCAGGUCCCAGGCGUAGCCAUCCACGGCUCUGCCCAUCAGUCAAAUGUCACCGAAUCACCUGUGGAAACGAUUCACUCAGAUGCUGCCACGCAGCAGGGACACAGCUGGCGGAGCAUUACCAAGACUCAGCAGGAGAGGAAGAAGGUGAAAGCCAGACGUGGAGAGAACAGAAACAGGGGUGUAUCUACUGCAUCAGUGGUCAGUAGUGGCGUGACUCCACCCAGCUCCAGCGCAGCCUUGUCACAGCCGAUCGUGAUCUCGGACACGCCGAGCCCAGCGGUCAGCAUCAUUACGAUUCACAGUGACACAGACACGGAGGAUGAGCAUAAGUUCCACCCUGCUAGUCUUGAACUGAGCCAGCGCACCAACGUUAUCAGCUGUGUGACCGUACACGACUCGGACUCCUCUACCGCCAGCCCCCUGACUCCCCUUCCACGCACUCUUAACCCAGCAAGCACUAUGUCAUCUCGCCAGGCCAAGUCUCUGGCAGUAGUGGCACCUUCAGUCAAAACACAGGCAUCUGAGAGAGGAACAGAGUCCCGAGGACGCUUGGAGACUGUGAAUUACAUCAAGCCCAAGAGAUCCUCUAACAGACAGCCGUGCAGUUCAGGGGAAAGUGUGGAGCGCCAUGGACUGGUGCCAAGCCAGUCGCACCCUUUAAACCUCAGCCAGGUUCACACAGUAGUUUCUUCAUCUCAGGAGCGUUCGGGGCUCUCCCACAGCGACUCAUCGUUACGUCGCCAGCAGACGUUCCACCAGGCCGUCUCAGCCUCUCACUACAGCUUCCCCGAGGUGGCAGCCCUGGCGUCCGGCUCGGCCGCUGCUGCCCCCCCCAGCCUAUAUACCUACCCGGCCUCUACUGCCCUCUCCUCAGCCUCUCAGGCCACGGAGCAGCUGCUGGGCCGUGGUCACAGCACCCACGGACACUCCCCCUCCGCUUAUGCAGCAACGUACACCUCAUCCUCCUCCAGGAGAGACUCGGCCAGUCGCAAGGACUCGGUGAGCAGCCUGCUGCACGGCCUCCCUGCAGCCUACCAGCAUCAGUUCGCCACUGGUUCUCCUUAUGUUAGUGUGACGCCCCGAACCGAGGUUUACAGUGCCUACCAGCUAAGCCCUAGGCGCCUCGCGCAGUAUCCAUAUUUGUAGGAAAUCUCGCACAAAGAAUUGGGGGGGGGGGUCACUUCCCCAUAUGAUAUCACAAAGGGACAUUUUAAACUGUAGAGUAACUGUUGGUCACUUAUUGUUUGCUGCUUUGAACUACAAGACAGCGUUUCACCUCUAGCACAUUUAUAUGCUCUUACGGACUCUUAGUGUUAUUGAAAUGAUCUUCUGUAUUAUUUAUCUUUUUUUCCCUUUUAAAUUGUUUAUGGUCCACAUUUUAUCCCCAUUGCAUCCUGAUGUAUUAAUAUGGUGUUGUUGAAACAUAUUUUACAGCUGUUUUAUCUCGAGGUUAUCUGUGAAGAGAGAUUUUCCUCCUAUCACAAGCUGCAACGAAACUUGAGGAGCUUCAAGACGCUGACUUG